GUUUUGCUGACGAGUGUGUUGUGCGUGUACGAAGGCAUCUUCUCAUUUUUCGCGAAUGUAUUAAUUUUUAAGAUUCGUCCAAUCUUAAUUCUACGAUCCGCGCCCAGUUGUGGAAGACUGACUGCAUAGCUGCAUAGGACGUGAUCGGUUAACGUUGAUUUCGUAUGAGGGAUUAUUACGCGUCGUUGGAUUCUUAUCAGUGAGCUCGUUUCCCCAGUGUGUGUGUUCGAUUAUUGACUAUUUUGAUAGCUGGAGUAUUAAUAAUAUUUUCCAGCAACAAAGGAAACGGAUUUGCUCAUAUUGCUCUGCUCUUUGGGUAGUUUACACGUUCUAUUAGAACGCGAGUGUCGUUUUAUUUCGAAGAUAAAAAUAUCGCCCAAAUAAAAGGUGUGUGGAAAGUUUUUCCCCGCGCUGCGGUUGUGUUGACGCUUUAGCGAGAGGAGCUGUGAUAUAACGUCAUCACUACGACUGGCAAAGAUCACAUCGUUCCGCAGACAGAUUGUUGAAAAUAUUCGAGGAUAUUACUGGACUGGACUAAGUGAAAUUUUGCUUUUGCUUUUUAGAAAAAUAUAAUAUCAGCGUGUUUGCUAAGCAAACUGGAAGGCAAGAGUUGCCAAGAAUUGAAAACCUGUCCGAUAAAAAGGCAAGCGAAUUCCCUACCUUAUUGGUCUGGCAGUGAAAAUUAGUGCAUAAAGAACACAAAAUAAUUGCUGCGCGCAACGAAUGUUAGUGUAGUUAUACAGUACAUGCUGAAUGCGAUUGGAAAGUGAAGAUUGUUUUGGAAGUGUACUCCUCUGGUAGUUCGAGUGCUUCCAAGCUGUCAGUUGAAGAUUAGCUGUGCUCUCGGGAAGAACGAUUCGUAGAGUAGCUUUUUUUGCGGAGCGUCAGAUUGCGGUAGAAGCUAUGGCCAGAAGGUCUUCGUUUCGAUACAUUACGUUUAUUUUGACCUGCAUGUGUAGUCGUUAAUUACUUGCGUUCGGGUUUGUUGGAAGCACACUUUUGUCAUUUCUCCCCCGUAAACGAAGGCCGUGACCGAUUGCUAACAAAGCUCCUGUCGGUGUCUUUUCACCUGCCAAGGAGCCGUGCGAAGUACAUCGACUCAUGAAGGUAGCCCGGCAAGCGCCAGUGCAGCACAGUUCUUAUUGAGCUGUUUGGAGGUUAGAAGGCACCUUCUCGUGAUAUACAAAUGUGUGAUAUAGUAUAGAUGUUCAAAAACCCGAACCCGUCAUCAGCAAGACCGAUCUGCAGGCGUCUAAUAUUUCAUCUUUCACUAAAUUUGCUGCUCACUUUCCUCGACGGUCGACUACGAGAGAGCGCGCGCGCGUGUGCCAGUGUGAAUCUGAAAGUAUUUAACAUCGUAACGUGUGCAUGUGUAUCUGUUAGGUGAAUUCCGUAGGUUUUCAGUAAUAAAGGCAACUGGUGUAACUGGUUUGUUUACUAGUGUUAUUGUUUCUGUUGAUAUUAUUUCUCAUGUCGUUAACGGAUCGUAGUCCGUUGUACAAUAUGACUCCGGGACGUACGACCAGGAUCGCUCCUGGAAAACUCGGCAGUAGUAAUUACGGUUCAUCUAGUGGUGAAGAGCGCAAGCGUACUGGCGAAAUAAUCCAUUCCGGUCAAUUUAUGGUUUCCCAUUUCGAAACCGAAGGCCAGGAGGAUGAGGAUGACGACGAUCUGGGGAUGCAAGUGGUCGUUGAGGAUGUCAAACCGGCCAUCGUUGAUACCGUGAUUUCGAACAUUAUUUCCAAACGAAGCCCACAUUUGUCGUUGGAAUCGGGUACCAGCGCCUCUAGUAGCGCAAUUGUUCCAUUACGAGGCAACUCCGGCGGCGGCACGGAGUUGAUCCGUUACGCACAAAAACGCCAACCGCUGCAGUUGAUGGGGCGGUACUCGUGCUCUCAGGUGGAAAUUGAUACCGACCUGUCGACGGUGUUCAACACGCUCAACGUUACUUACACGCAAAAGCUAACGUCGCCGAAAUGGAACCCGUUCAAGGGUAUUCGAUUGCGGUGGAAGGAGAAGAUCCGCCUAAACAACGUUAUCUGGCGAUGCUGGUAUAUGCAGUUUGUCAUGAAAAGGAAAACUCUAGUCUGUCAAUUUGCUUCUCCACUAGACGUAGAUAUUCAUAACACACCUCAGGCCAUUUUACUCGAAGGAAAAUACUGGAAACGAAAGUGCAAUGUUAUAAAGGCAGAGUACAAAAAGUGGCGCCGAUUUUACGUGAACAAAGCCCUUGGAGCGACUAACAUUACAGACACGACCAGCGAAUUAGAUUUCUUAGAAUGGUCACCGAGCAGUGAACCAAUGUUUAUGAUUACCGAUAAUAUGCCCACAGACACACUGUUUUCCACACUGUCGCAGUAUCCCUUUCCGGACUCUAGAGAAAUAGCCCGCGGAGCGGGUCGAGCCGAUUUCAUUCAACCUAGUCUUGGGCCGUUGCAACCUAACUUUGAUGAUUUGAUGGACCUGGAUUUAGAUUUUCUUAAUUUUUCGCGUUUGCCACCAGUUCCCGAGGAAGGAUCAGAAGACAUUCUGAAAGCGAUUGAUUAUAAUUAUCCGUUAGCUUCGACUCAAACAAAUAGCGGCUGCAGUAUCGAAGAGAUUACCGAUAGUUCAACUGCUCCAGCCUCAGCUCAAACUCAAUCUGCACGAACUAGCGUAAACGCCAGUUCAGUAAUUACAGGGCCUGCUACAUCGUUGAUCAUAGGCCAACCGCAACCACCCACUGCUCCAACUACGAUACACUUCUCUGCAAAAAUCUUCACUCAAAACGUUGCUACUGAUACCACAUCGACAUCACAACAGCAACAGUUGAAUAACGCACUUGGUUCCUACAUAUCAUCUCAGCUGCAGCAGCCGAUCGUGACGGCUAAUGUUCCUACUGCAUCUAACACCAGUGAACAAACAGGAACUGUCAUUCCAGUAGUAGCAUCUAGUGAGGAUCCUAAUAAAGACAAUAAGACCAAAUAUACCCGAAACAUACUGAAACACUUGGGACGUGAACCCCACAACUACGACAAGUGUCCACCGACGACACAUCAAACUAUGGCUUACAAUCUUGUCCAACAACCGCACCUGAACCAAAGCAUUCUUAACUCUUCUUACCCUUCGCCUGCCUAUCAAAUUCAAACCGGUGGAAUCAUACAGGUAUCAGGCACGCCUUCAAAUCAGCCUGUGCUCAAUUUCAACAAUCUACAGAUGCAAUCAGGUAGCACUCCUGUGAAUCCGAUGAAUUUAUCCAACAACUCCGUUCCUGUUGGUAACAAUGCCAACUUUUUAAUGCAAAACAUGAGCCCCAAAUUGAUAACGCACAGUCAGUCUCUUCCGAUGCAAAUGAACCAACAAAAGGCACAACCGCGCUCAAACUCGAUGCCAACGACACAAAAUUAUCCCCACAUUCUGGCAUCACAAAACUCCCCACCGGGAACCAUUCACCAGCAACAUCAACAAGACACCUUCAAAGGUUCACUGCAUCCAACGCAGAGCUCAAACUACAAGUUCUACCACGGCCAUCAGCCGCAACCGUACAAAAUUCCUUCUCAAAGCGUCGGCAACUACGGUGGAAGUGGUCGCAGUAUGCGCCAUGCCUCCCCUCCCCAUGGGCAUCAGUCGCAUGCAAAUAUUCUGGUGCAGCAACAGCAGUCGACGAUCGAGCAAACCCAACAACAAUUGCAUGAUCUCCAACAACAACAGCAACAACAGCAGCAGCAACAACAGCAGCAGCAACAACAGCAAUUGUCCCCACAGUCGCAGCAAAAGCGGCUUCCACCACAUCCAACCAAAGAAAUGUUCCGCUCGAACAGUCUACCCAUCAACGCGACCUUCGCGUUGCCACCGAAGGAGGAGAACUUUGCCGUUCCGCGAUAUCAAGCCAAAUCGACACCAAAGCUGAAAGCUCGUAGCAAUUCGAUGAUCAUGAAAGUGCCUGGCAGCAACGGUGGCGGUGGUAGCAAUAUGGUCACAUCCAUCGGUGGCACAAAUUUACACGCCACAAGCAGUGAACCAAUGCUGAAUGUUGGCAGCAGCGCAUUGUUAGCCCAGUUACUGACCACCAACAACACAAGUACCUUACUAAAUAUUAAGCAGUCAAAUCAGCCAUCAAGUGCCAUAGGGAAUCUGUCGCCACAGCAGCAACAACUAUCUCACUCACACAUUGCCCAGCACCAACAGCAGCAGCAGCAACAGUCAAUUUAUCAGCAAUUAUCUGUUGGAAGUCCUAUUUCUCCAACAUCGUCCCAAUUGCAGCUGAACCAGUCCCAGCAUAGCCCUCAACUGCAAUCCCAGCAGCACUUAAAUACAAUGGGUAACUCUUCCGGGGGACAGUCAGUGCUUAGCUUUGCUUCGUCGUCUUCCUGCCUGUCUGGUAUCUCACUGACCGCACCGCAGAACUUUUCACCGGACAGCAUGCUGGAUCAUGAUACACCGAUGUCACCGGCUAGCAUUGGCACCGCUGCCUGCGAAACCAUCACAGGAGGAGGCAGUAGCAGUAAUAGCGGCGGAGUAGGAAACAAGUUUCACCAGCAAUGUGCCCGAGCUGACAAUCAGCGUCGAUCCGGGCACAUCCAUGCUGAGCAAAAGCGCCGCUAUAACAUUAAGAAUGGUUUCGAUAUGCUUCACUCACUCAUUCCCCAGUUGCAGCAGAAUCCGAACGCAAAGCUCAGCAAGGCUGCUAUGCUUCAGAAAGGAGCGGAGUAUAUCAAACAACUGCGUUCCGAGCGCACUGCCACCAGUGACCAAAUGGACGCUCUACGCCGGGAGAUUGACACGCUCAAUAAUUCACUGAGCAAUCUUCAAACGGCAUUGCCAGCCAGUGGUGCCCCUGUUUCCCGGCAGCGAACCGGCCGUGUUAAGGAACUUUACCACCAGUACGUGCGGCAGCGCACUAUGGACAAUUGGAAGUUCUGGAUCUUUGGUCUAAUUUUUGAACCACUGAUGAACACUUUCAACCAAACUGUGUCGGUCGCUAGCUUGGACGAAAUGUGCCGUACCUCGCAGCUGUGGGUCGAUCAGCACUGCUCCCUCGUGGAACUCAGGCCAGCGGUGUCUAACAAACUUCGCCAACUGUCGACAACAACUGACAUCCUGUCAGACCCGCCCACAUCCUUGCAAGAGGAAGUACUGAAAGCUAUUUCCACCUCGUUGCCACUGCCGAACUCGAGCGGAGGCAGCAGUAGCAGUCGCUGUGGCAGCACUGGAAGUAGUCCCAACCGAAACUCUGGUGGUUUCCAGUAAGUCUUAUUUUCAAUUAAGAAUAUAGAGCAGAGCAGCAUGGCGGGUGUAAGACUUUAAGCCACUGUUAGAAAAGUGCACCUUAACGUUACAGGUGAUCUCACGUUUUACAGCAGGACAGCAUUGUGUUGCGUUUAAUGUUUUUAGUAGCAGGAUUUUUUUUUAUGUUGCAACAAAUAGUAGCGAUUUUGUGAAAAUCCAAAAAUACUGCAAAUGCUCGUCGCUUGGUAAAAUCGGCCGCCAACUUGGCACUGCAUUUUGUUCUUGGUUGUAGGAAAUUUUAUCGAAUUGCUCUGCCAGUUAUGAGAGAGCCAACAAUGCUGUGCAUUGUGCUAUUCUACUGACUAAAUGUUUUAGUGCUUUGUCAUUAAUUCCGAAAAAUUUACAAAUGGUCAGGUCUGGCGAAAUCGCUCGAUUUAGUAUCCUACAAUCAUAAGCCUGUCCUGUUCUCGUACCUUGUUGUCUAUUUUACUCCCUAUGUGCAGAAAAAUAAGAAUCAAUUAUACACAAAUACACUUUGGAGUAUCGACAUUUAUCUUAAGCUUAAAGGUUUGGUUAUGUCAUACUAGGAUAUACCUUUGCAUGAACACCUGGCUAGCGAAUGAAUAACACGAGAAAUCAUCGAGUGUAAUAUCAUUUGUACAACAUUUUAAGCGGCAACAACGAUGUUCAGGGUACUCGAGGCCUUGAGCGUUUUUCUUGCCUUCUGGUCUGAUGGAUUUGUACGUUAUAGAAUGUGAGUUACGAAAGUGAGAGCGAAUUUAGUACCUAUUAGCUAGGAUCGUAAGUUUACCGUGCCACUCCCGGUUGGUGGUUGUUUUGAGUUUAUUAGUUGUUAAUUUUUUUGCCUAGUUCUAACCAACGGUACCUAACGCAGAGUAUCAAAUUAGACGUACGACAUACAAACACAAUACAAUAUAGAUAGAUAUAUUUGUGUAUUUUGU